AUGGGACCUCGAGGCUCUGGGAUCCUGGUGGCACUCCUUGGCCUGGGGCUGUGUUCCCUGGUUGCCAGCAGCAAGCCCACUCCCUGCCAGUGCUCAAGGUUGAACCCUCAGAACAGGAAGAACUGUGGCUUCCCCGGAAUCACCAGCAACCAGUGCUUUGACGUCGGGUGCUGUUUUGACUCCAGUGUUGCCGGCGUGCCCUGGUGUUUCACCCCCCUUCCAAUGCAAGAGUCAGAGGAAUGUGUCAUGGAAGUGAAGGCGCGAAAGAACUGUGGGUAUCCUGGUAUUAGCAAGGAAAUCUGUGCCUCCCGAAACUGCUGCUUUUCUGACACCAUCCCUGAAGUGCCCUGGUGUUUCUUCCCUCAGUCUGUGCAAGAGGAGGAACUUGUGUGA